AUGCCAGUCACCAGGGACCUCAUUCCAACUCAGUCAGAUAUUAGCGGAUUUGAACAUCUCAAUGACAUUGGAUUGCCCAAGAUCAACGCAGAGAUUGGCCUACUAAUUGGGAACAAUGUGCUGGAUGCGUAUACGCCAUUAGAGCUCAGGACUGGUCCGAGAGGAACACCCCAUGCAGCCAAGUCAGUUCUUGGGUGGAUCUUGUGGAGUGUUGUAAGAAGCAAUGAGCUGCAGAUUUGUUGUACCGCAAACAGGGCUGAAGCAUCUGCAAUACAGGACAUGGGUCGUCUAGAAAGUUUGGUUCGUAAUGCCAUGAAUAUAGACUUCCCAGAGCGUAGAGUAGACAGUAAACGGGAGCCAUCAGUGGAGGACAAGCAGUUUAACAAGAUAGUGGAGGAAUCGAUAAAAUAUCAGGAUGGUCACUACUCCAUAGAUUUGCCUUUCCGACAGGCAGACAUCAAGUUGCCAGAUAACCGGGCGCAAGCCAUGGAUCGGCUCUCGUCACUACAGAAACGCUUGUGCAAGAAUAGGAAGUUCCACAAGGACUAUACGGCAUUCAUAAACAAUCUUCUAAAUAAUGGAUACGCAGAGAAGGUGGAUGAGGAUCGGGAUGGUACAAGAGAAAAUGGAGACAAGUGGUACAUUCCGCAUCAUGGUAUCUAUAAUCCUAAUAAACCAGGAAAAAUUAGGGUUGUGUUUGAUUGCUCAGCAAAAUGCAGAGGAAUAUCUCUGAAUGACACCCUUGUCUCAGGCCCAAACUUAACGAAUGCCAUCGUGGACGUGCUGUUGCGAUUCCGUCAGCAACCCGUAGGAAUCAUGGGAGAUAUAGAGGGCAUGUUUAACCAAGUCAAUGUCAACGAGCAUUAUCAGGACUUCUUGCGGUUCCUGUGGUAUCCUGGAGGGAACCUAGACCAACCGCCGGAGACUUAUCGGAUGACGACACAUCCAUUUGGGGCAGUUUCUUCUCCAGCCUGCGCAGCUUCGGCGCUACGACAGUGUGCCACUGACAGUGAAGGACAGGUUUCACGAGAGGUCGUAAGCACCAUUAGAAGGAGCUUCUACGUUGAUGAUGUGCUAAAAUCUCUUGUCGAUGAUGAUCAAGGGAUCGACGUGAGGAGGGGUGUGACUACUGCAGUUAAGGAAAAAGGAGGAUUCCGAGCGUGCAAGUGGAUUAGCAACAGCAAACCCGUGAAUGACUCCAUCCCGUUAUCAGAACGGUCAAAGAAACUAGAGCUAGCUAUUGACAGUGAGAAGCUACCGACUGAAAGAGCUUUGGGGAUAAUUUGGGAUACCGAGACAGAUACGUUCACGUUCAAAAUUAGGCUAAAGGUGAAAGCGGCUACAAGAAGGGAAAUUCUGUCGGUCAUCAGUAGCGUUUUUGACCCCCUAGGACUAGCUGGGCCGUUUGUCUUACCAGCAAGGAUACUACUACAACGUCUAUGCAAGCAGGACAUAGCAUGGGAUAACACCAUCGGCGAGAAAAAAAUGAACGAGUGGAGUCAAUGGCUUAUUGACAUCCAGAAAUUGGAGCAAGACGAUAAGGGUCAGGUCUGCUGUUCGUUGCUAUUUGGAAGGUCAAGGGUCGCUCCACUGAAGAAAGUCACCACACCGAGAAUGGAGCUAACGGCUGCCAGCGUAGCAGUGAAGAUCGUUGCAAUGAUUACAGGUGCAAUGGAGUAUGAGUUUGAUAAGAUUGUCUACUGGACCGAUAGUAUGUCCGUGUUACGAUACAUCAACAAUCAGACCAGCAGAUUCCACACCUUCGUUGCUAACAGAGUCACCACGAUUCAAGAAGGAUCAACUCUAAACCAAUGGAGAUACGUCCCUACUCAGCACAACCCCGCAGAUUCUGCAUCCCAAGGACUUCGACCAAAGGAUCAACGAGCUAGCAAGCAAUGGUUGUUGGGGCUCAAGUAUCUAUGGGAGCCGGAGUCACAGUGGCCGAGAUCAGAGUUCUCAAAGGAGCUGUCAUCUGAAGAUCCAGAAGUUAAGAAAGUUUAUGCCACAUUUGCAGCACCUGGAGACACCGUAACUACAGAUGAACUGUUCGCUAGAUACUCAAAUUGGAAACAACUCAAGACAACUGUCGCAUGGAUACUAAGGGCACAGAAAUGCUUUAAGCAGCGUCGCAGCACUGAUAGAAGGUUGACAGCUCAAGGCAGCGAAGCGUUGACACCACUUAGCGUAGAGGAGUUGGAAUCAGCAGAGAUCUCGAUUGUUAAAUACCUGCAGCAAACGCACUUGCCGGAAAACGGAAAACACAUAGGAUCAAUACAGAAGCUGGACCCAUUCGUGGAUGAAGCAGGACUGCUUAGAGUAGGAGGGCGCCUACGACGUGCUAAGGUUCCAGUUGAAGUCAAACAUCCGAUGCUGUUGCCGAAGGACUCGCCAGUCACUAGACUUAUAUUAGUAGAUGCCCACAAUGGAGUCGGACAUCUAGGCUCGAACACCUCCCAUCAUGGUGGAGCCUGGGAGAAGCUAAUCAGAUCCGUGCGCAAGGUACUGUACGGAGUCGCCAAAGAGCAAGUCAUUCACUUGGAGGAUGAGGGCUUGCAGACCCUCUUUUGUGAGGCAGAGGCGAUCCUGAACAACAGGCCAAUAGCACGAGUGUCCAGUGACGCCAUUGACUCGCCAGCAUUGACACCCAACCACUUGUUGAGGCUGCAGCUGGAGCAAGCACCACCAGCUGGAGUGUUUGUGAAGGAGGACAACUAUGUCAAUAGAAGGUGGCGACAGGUACAACACUUGGCGAACGUGUUUUGGAGGAGAUGGAGCACGGAGUACCUGGUAGCGCUCCAGGAGCGUCAGAAAUGGCGAAAGAAGGAGAGGAACGUCAAGGUCGGAGACAUGGUGUUGGUGGCGGAUAGGAAUAUGCAGCGGAACCAGUGGCCAGUAAGCAGAGUGACGGAAGUGAUGAAGGACGACAAGGGUUUGUGA